AUGGCUGUGCUCGUGCAGAUGAUUGCCAAGAGGCAAAGCAAUAACUUUGAUGAUGAUGAUGUCGAUAAUAACUGCGAAUACUAUGGAAGCUGUUAUUCUACAUGGGGCAGUUGGGGACGAUGGGUUGUACUAGUUCUCAUAAUUCUUGCCUUUGUUCUUCUGGCUUUCGGUUUAUCAUGCAUCAACUCCCGUCGUCGUCGUCGUCAAGGAAUCCAACCAAUGUAUGGUACAGGCUGGAUGGCCAAGCCACCUCCAUACGGUCAAUACAACAACCAGGCCGGAGCUUACAACUACGGUCCCCCUCCCCCAAUGUAUACUCCAAAUGGACAAAUCCCACCUCAACAAACGGGCAACACUUUUAAUAGUAAUGAUGGAUAUUACGGACAUCAUGGUCAACAUGGUCAACAUGGUCAACCAGAUAUCGAAUUGCAACAACCACCAAAUGCCUAUACGAGAGGCGGAGAUGAUGUUUACCAAGCACCAAUGGGUCCACCACCUACAAAACACACCGAGGGAGAUGGAAUCAUUCGAUGA